AUGCCUGUUCUACGUGAUACCUACAGUGGCCUUGCGGCGCAAAUAGACGGUAUCGCGCCUCGCGACAGCGGCCUCAACCCACGGCAGCCUGCUAUCAACAUGCCGGCAGUUGCCUUCAAUGCGCCCCAAACAGCGCCAAUGGCCAAGCGACAGAACAUCAUAUACACCCAGCAAAGCAUAAUACCCACCUACUACGACCUCUCUGGUCCUGAGCCCGGUACCGUCGUGGGCAUUGUUCUGGGCAGCGUUGCCGGCUUCCUCCUAAUCUGCUGGCUGCUGCAAUCGCUCAUGAACACAAGCAACAGGACUAGAGCAACAACAGCAAUGGCGGGAGAAGAAGAGAUUGUGGUUCGGAGACGGCGCAACUCACAGGGCGGUCGGUCCUCGCGUCGCCGGUCGGCAGAAGUGCGCGAAGUCAGCAGGAGCCCAAGGGCGUCCAGCGGCCGGUCGCGCAUCAUCGUGGAGGAGGCGAGGAGGCAGCCGACAAGAGCGAGGAGCAUCAUUGUCGAGGAGCGACAUCGCGUACCAGGUGACGACGUGGUCGAGGUUAUCGAAGAACACGAUGACUACCGCGAAAGGAGAGGCAGCCGGAGAGGCCCAGGCUAUCGGUAA